GCUGCUGUUCAUCACUGGACUUGUUAUUGGCUUGGAAAAGAAGGAAAGUUAUUAGGUCUCUAUUUAUACGUUUUAUUGAGUGACAAUAAUGCUUACGUUCUUGUAACUCGAACCAUGUUAAGCCAAACUUCUACUGAGGCGUUGCUUUCAGCAACCUACGUAGAAAAUUACCUAGAUUGUGUUGAAAAUCUUCCCAACGAUCUGCAGCGACAUUUAUCUCGACUACGUGAGCUUGACGUAACAUAUAGAGAAUGUCUACGAGAUGCUGAAACUUACCUGUCUGUGUGUAUUGGGCCCAAUACAGAAGAAAAACGUCGAGGUAGAGCAGCUCUACGUCUACAGGCUGCACUUGUAGCAGCACAAGAAAUAGGAGAUGAAAAACUACAAGUUGUUCAACUUACACAAGAUCUUAUUGAUAACAAACAACGUUCUCUAGAUGCUGAUCAUAAGAAAUUGAUAUCUUGCCUGGAUGUUAACACAAAUGGCACAACUAAAGAAAGCACACCCCCAUCGGAGCCCCAUCGUGGUGCGGAGAAGGAGACGAUCCCGGUGCCAGCGCCCCCACCACACGUGCCACCCCCACCACCACCUGAGAGAACUGUUGAAAAGGAGAAGGAGAAAGUGGAAAAGGACAAAUCAGGAGGAGAGAGGUGGUCGAAACGCGCCCGACGAUCUAGGCAAACAGCGGGCGCGGCGACCGACGGCGCUGACUCCAGCGAGAGGGAUAGCGAGAGGCACACGCACAAUACUACUCACAAGAAGGGUAUCGGUAAAAAGAAAAAGCGCAAAGCCCGCCAAGCGGCCCAACGAUCUGAAACACCUCCAGGCGACACCGACCCAAUUGACCCGGACGAGCCUCGGUACUGCUUGUGCGAUCAAAUAUCCUUUGGCGAGAUGAUUCUGUGCGACAACGAUCUAUGCCCGAUAGAGUGGUUCCAUUUCUCAUGUGUCUCCCUCACAACCAAGCCCAAAGGCAAAUGGUUCUGCCCCAAAUGCCGAGGGGACCGGCCCAAUGUCAUGAAACCCAAAAGUCAAUUUCUCAAAGAACUAGAACGGUAUAACAGGGAAAAAGAAGAAAAAGCAUAGUGACUAUGCUGUUACUAGUUUUAAGGCGUCCAUGGAUCUUUAAAUGAGAGUAUGUGCCUUAUCGAACGGUCUUAGUUAAGGCUAACUAACAUGCA